AUGAAUAUGAAAAAAACAGAUUAAUGUGAUGAAUUCACAUAAUUCAAAUCAUCUAUAGAUUAUUAAUCACAUGGAUGUACUCAGACUGGGAAAACUUAUAUAACACAAGGAUCUUUUGGAAAAACAAUAAUACCUACUCCUGUUACUCUUACACUAAAUUGUUCAUUAAUAGAGCCAUCCUACUAUUUUGGAUGUGCCUUGAUUGAAAAAAAUUUCACAGGAUGUUCAGCUCAAUGUGAAAAAUAAACAUUCUUACUACUAAAACAUAUCUUAACUGUGCAUAACAAAUGGAACAUCACAUACAAAUGCACUUAAAGAUUUUGGAUAUACUAAAUAAUAAUAUGA